AUGAAAGGCCUUUUGCUCUUCUCGUCAUUUGCAUAUGGCGUGCUUGCUUCACCCUGCAAGCCGUCCAAACAUCUAUCUGCUACGGUAUCGGGGUCCUUAUCAGCCUUGCCGACAGCCUCCGCGUCCCUGUCGUCCAUUCCGUCAAGUGUCUCGGCCACAUCAGCCAGCGCUUCAGCCAGUCCUACAGUCGAUCUUGGAUAUGAGAUUCAUGCUGGAACCCUCAAUGAAACUGGCAACUACUAUACCUUUAGCAACAUCCCAUACGCGCAGCAGCCGGUUGGUGAAUAUCGAUUCAACAAGCCUGUCGCAAUUAGCGGGACCAGCUCAGACAUCAACGAUGGCUCAACCACAGGCACUGAGUGUAUGCAAGCUUACCCGGAAUGGAUUCUAGAGCUGCAAGCUGCUGCAUAUGGUGUUGAUACCGCUACUGUGGCCGCCAUACUCUAUGCCCAGGCGGCUCAAACCGAGAGCUGCCUUCUGCUAGACGUUUACGUUCCUGUGGAUGUCUUUGAGAAUGGCCUCGAAGCGCCUGUACUAUUUUGGAUCCAUGGUGGAGGGUUUACUUACGGCUCAAAGACAGGAUCCGGUGAUCCAGCAGGCCUUAUUGCCCGAUCAAAGCUGGAUGGCUCUGAUGGAGUUAUUGUGGUCUCUAUCAACUAUCGUCUUGGUCUUUUCGGUUGGUUGGCUGGGGAGGGGGUUACGGCCAACCUCGGCCUCUUUGACCAGCGAAUGGCUCUGGAGUGGGCUCAGACUUACAUCUCUCGCUUCGGCGGAUCGUCUGAAAAGGUGACCGUCAUGGGCGAGAGCGCCGGUGCGGCCUCCAUUCUUCACCAUAUUACCAGCUACGGCGGCGCCGAGGACGUUCCUUUCCAGGCCGCCAUCCCGCAAUCCCCUGCUUUCGAGUUCAUUGUUGGUAAUGCUACCAACACUUCGUCGGCUCAAGUCUCAAGUAUCAGCACAAACUUUGAUGCCUUUGUAAAUGCUCUUGAGACCUUUGAAGACUCAGCCAUCUCGGCUGCUCUGAAGUACAUCAACCAAGCCGUUGUUGUUCAGGCUAGUGCCGGUCGGUUCAACUAUGGCCCAGUUGUUGAUGGUGACUAUGUACCGGAGCACCCUCAGGUACUGCUUGCUCAGGGCAGCUUUGACACUUCUUUGACUGUUAUGAACAGCCACACAUCUAACGAGUCUGUGCCUUUCGUACCCACUACUAUUGCAACCGAGGGCGAUGUCCGAAGUUAUAUUGAAAGUGCUCUAAGUGCAGCAUCGAGCGACACUAUUGACUAUAUCCUGACAACACUAUAUCCUGCUGUUUUCGACGGCACCCACUCGUACUGGUCUGAGUUCGGUCGCGCGGUUCAGAUGAAUACCGAUUUCUACUUCGCUUGCUCGAGCAACUUCUUGGCCAAGGCCUACAAUGCAGAGACUCACAACUACAUCUUUGCCUACCCGCCAGGCUACCACGCCGAGGAUGUCUCCUACGUCUUCUUCAACGGCGACACUACUACUCUCGAUGACGGCCUUCCUGUGAACGCCACUCUCGCUUACUAUCUGCAGGACUACAUUGUGCAGUUCGCCAAGACAUUCGACCCGAACAGUGACUCAUUGCCCGAGUUCCCUGCCUACGGAAGCGAGGGUCACGUUCUGGCGUUCACAGGGGCAGGAUUGGUCGUCGAGGUUGAUGAUAUGAAGAACGAGAGGUGCGAUUGGAUACAGAAGGCUAUGGUCGACGGCUUGCUAUCAUAA